UGCGCAGGCGCGGAAAAGGGGGCGGGGGACUCGGCUUGUUGUGUUGCUGCCGGAGAGCCGGAGACGGUCCUUGCUGCGGGGCCGCAGCUCUUCCAGCCUCCUGACAAUGUCGUCUCACUUAGUAGAACAGCCGCCGCCCCUGCACAACAACAACAAUAACUGUGAGGAAGGCGAACAGUCUCUGCCACCGCCUGCCGGCCUCAACAGUGAGUGCUGGGCCAGCGGACUCGGUUCCUGGGUGGAGCUCCCCAUGAACAGCAGCAAUGGCAAUGAUAAUGGCAAUGGGAAGAAUGGGGGGCUAGAGCACGUGCCCUCCUCAUCCUCCAUCCACAAUGGGGACAUGGAGAAGAUUCUUCUGGACGCACAGCAUGAAUCCGGACAGAGCAGUUCAAGAGGCAGUUCUCAUUGCGACAGCCCUUCCCCACAAGAAGAUGGGCAGAUCAUGUUUGAUGUGGAAAUGCACACGAGCAAGGACCAUAGCUCUCAGUCAGAAGAAGAAGUUGCAGAAGGAGAAAAAGAAGUGGAUGCUCUGAAGAAAAGUGUAGACUGGGUGUCCGACUGGUCCAGUAGACCUGAAAACAUUCCACCCAAGGAGUUCCACUUCAGGCACCCUAAACGUUCCGUCUCCUUAAGCAUGAGGAAAAGUGGAGCCAUGAAGAAAGGGGGCAUCUUCUCCGCAGAGUUUCUUAAGGUGUUCAUUCCAUCUCUCUUCCUCUCCCAUGUUUUGGCUUUGGGGCUAGGCAUCUACAUUGGAAAACGACUGAGCACGCCUUCUGCCAGCACCUACUAAGGGAAGAGAAGAGUCCCCGGGCCAGCGUGUGACUUGUGAAGUGGUGUCUUGUCACAGUAGUUUAUUUGAACUUGAGACCAUUGUAAGCAUGACCCAACCUCCACCCUCUUUUUACAUAUCCAAGUUCCAGUAACUCUCAAAUCCAGUAUUUUAUUCCAACUCUGUUGAGGCAUUUUACUAAUAACCUCAUUCCCUUUUUGGCCUGUAAAACACUUUAGAAUUUCCUAAUAAGAGUUUACUGUCGUUUAGAAAUUUGCAAGGGCUUCUUUUUCGCAAACGCCACCAGCAGAUUGUAAUUUUGUCAAGAAUGCCAUUGUCUUCUCUCAGUACCACCAGAUCUAGGCCUGCACCAUUCAUGGUAUAAAUCUUCCUCUUGCAAGAUAACCCCACCUGUCUCUUCAAGUGAGACCAGGUUGCAAAUGAUAUGAAAGCUUUGUUGUUUUGUUUCUCAAGACAAAGGCAAACUUCCCUAAGCUUGAGUUUAUAGUUAUGAAAAAAGAAAACAAAAACAAAUAAAACAGACGAAAUACAACACAAGGGAAAAAAAUAUCCUGGGCAAUAAAAAGUUAUUUUAAACCA